AUGGACACCACACGGGCACAGGAAGAUCGCUGGGCAGAACGCCGCUGGAAGUGGGACGACGCCGCGCGCCGCAAGACGACGUCGGAGGAACAGGCGCCGAAUGGCGCCGAUGUUGCUGCAGCUGCGGCAUCGCCAUCGCCAAGUGAGGAGUUGUUGCCAGAGCCGUGGUAUGUGGAUGCCCAUGAUCUCACGUUGCAUCCCAGAGGGCAGCAUAGCUUUACCAUGAUUCUGCUCCACUCCUGCAGUGGAGGUCCAGAUGAUUGGACUCCCAUCCUCCAUCGCUUGAAGGUCCCCUUUCGCAACGAGAUCCGAUUUGUGGUGCCGUGCGCACCCUUACGGAGAGAGGCGCACCACUCGUGGAGAGGCGAAAUGAACUCGUGGUUUGAGUAUGCAGAGGAUGGAGACAGUGCAAAGGACCCCCAGGAGCUGACGGACCAAAUUGAACGGAUUCAGCAGUUGAUGGAGGAAGAAAUUGCCAGACUACCAGGCGAGGACCCAAAGCGUCUACUGCUGGGCGGCUUUUCGCAGGGUGUGGCGUUGGUGGUCGAAGCCGCCGUCUCCUUCAGCACCAAGAGCUCGCCCCUGCUCCUGCUGCGGGGGGCGGCCCUGGGCUCCGGCCGGAGCGCGCCGGAGGAGGAGCUGGCCGCAAUGAAGGUUUUAGCGCACCACGGCCGUUGGGAUCGCAUGUGUCCGCCGGAGACUGCCCUGGAGAGUUACCAGCGUCGUCUCGCGGGGGCGCAGCUGCGAUGGCUGGUGGAUGAGAACUUGGGACAUGCCUGCGCCAGGGGCAGGUGGGAGGAGCUCGGUGACGGUUGCAGAGUGUAUUUCUGGUUGGUGGUUUGGAACAUUUUUGAUUUUCCCCAAUAG